AUGCACAGGAAGCGUCCGUCGGCCAUGCGUGCGCGCGGCAGCAAGCGCCCUCGACGCACAGCUGACGCCGCCGCCGCCGCCUCUGAUGCCUCCGGGUGGGCCUCUCUUCCCGCAGAUUUAGUUGGUCUGGUCGGGUGGAGGGUGCUGGCCGGCGACAUCCGUGACUACGUCCGGCUCCGCGCAGUUUGCCCCGACUCGCGAUCAAGCUCCGACUGCCCUCGCGGCCGCGGCGUAGUCGACCCGCGGUUCUACCCGAGCAGGUGGAUGAUGCUGCCCGAAGGCCACGGCCUGUAUCCUGGCCACGGCAAGCUUCGCGGGUACGUCCGCUUCUUCAACCUCUCCACCGGCGUCAUCGUCCGCUGCCUGCUCCCGCUUUUCAAGAAUCACUGCAUCCUCGACUCGGUCGACGGCCUCCGCCUCCUGCAACGGGACGAAGACACGGCCAUCCGUCUCCUCCACCCCUUCACCGGCGACAUUGUGGACCUCCCGCCGCUCGCGACCCUCCUACGCCUUCCCGGUGCCAACUUGACCCUCGUCGAAAUGGCCCGGCCGUAUUUGAGAAGCAUCGGUGCCACCUCCGUUAGUGUUUGGGCAGAUGAGAUGGGGUCAUCACUGUCACCUUUGCUACCACGGCAUGUUACAAGCUGGAGUCUGCCACCAAUUGGGAGGCUGAUAUCAUCCCAAGGCAAGCUAUACAUGAUGGACAGUCCCACAUUUCACACUGGUGUUCAUGGGGACAUCCAGAUUUUCCAGAUCAGCCCGCCCGAGCACGAGGGGAUGGGAUCAGGUUCGUCUCUGAUGCCAUCAAAGAAGUUGAUUGCCACAUGCCCGGAUGGCAAAAUGCCUGCCCCUAUGCACCUGGCACAAUGUGACUCAGAGAUCCUGGUGAUUGGGUAUAGGGACGGAUUCAUGAUGCACCCCUUGGUUUACAGACUGUCCGACCUUAUCCUUGACAGGAUCGUCCCGGUAACUAGUAUCCAAGGCAAUGUUCUAUUCAUUGAUGAGAGGAUUCUUACUGUGAGCUGUAGUGCCUUGCCGAACCUUGUUGGUGACUCCAUUGUAGCCAUUCAUCCCGUCAAAUUAUAUUUGGCAGAAUGCCGCCCCAAUACUGAUACAUGGUUACAGGCAGCGGAUGGAUGCAUCGCAAGAUGUAAUUUAUCGAGGCCUUACAGCCUCAUUUAUCAUAUCUUCACUUGUUGCCACCGUGCUUCUUGGAACAAAGGUACAAUUCUUUAUCAGUUUAAGAAACAGAAUAAUUGGAAAGUGAAGAGAAAGUGGCGACAGGGGGUAAGUCUCACCAGCAAUACCUUUAUUCUAGUGCACGCAUUCCUUGCUCUUUCCACUUCUGCUGAUGAUCCAGAGCAACUGGCGGCGGUGCUGCGGGUGCGUCGAGCCGCCCUCGUCGCCUUCCUCGUCGGCAUGCCCCGGUACCGGAUCUUCACCGUGCAGGGCAGCAGCGCGCUCCUCGAAAUCUUCCGGGUGUACGUUGCUGCGAUCAGGAACAGGAACCUGCAGCUCCCUGAGAACCCUGGCGAGCAAUACGAGAUCAGCAGAAGCAAAGCUGCACCUGAGGUGGAGUUCGUGUCCCACAGGGACAUGCCAUUCAGGUUCCAGGACAGGGCGGCGAUUGUUCAGGCACCGACGGCGGAGACGCCGAGCCCGUGGCAGCAGUGCCGGGUGAAGCACGUGGAGCACGCCAAGACCGUGCUGGCCAUGGUGCCAAUCUUCUGCAGCGCCAUCAUCAUGGGCACCUGCCUGGCCCAGUUCCAGACCUUCUCCAUCCAGCAGGGCUCCACCAUGAACACGUGGGUCGGGAGCUUCCAGAUGCAGCCGGCGACGCUGCCCAUCUUGGCCGUGCCCAUCUACGAGCGCCUCUUCGUGCCCUUCGCCCGCGGCGUCACGGGCCACCCCAACGGCAUCCCCUACCUGCAGCGCAUCGGCGUCGGCCUCGUGCUCUCAAUCGUCUCCAUGUGCAUCGUCGCCGUCGUGGAGAUGUACCGCAAGAAGGUGGCCGUCCGUAACGGCAUGCUGGACGCGAUCCACAUGGUGCGCCCGCUGCCCAUGUCCGUCUUCUGGUUGGCCCCGCAGUACGGCGUGUUCGGCAUCGCCGACAUGUUCACCUACAUCGGCCUGCUCGAGUUCUUCUACUCGCAGGCGCUGCCUGCGCACAAGUCCAUGUCGUCGGCGUUCCUCUGGGCCUGCAUGUACCGGGGCGUGCCGACGAGGAAGGCGAUGAGGGUGAGGCCAGUCGCAGCUCGACGCACCCGCAGCGCCGCCGCCAGUCGCCUCCCACAUCGGGAAACAGGUCAACGAAGGCAGGCAGGGACGUCCCGAACUGAUUAG